UUACAAUCUAGUAUUUUUACUGCACUGUAAUAUAUACACACAUCUCUUGUGUCUAUAUGUCUGUGGUUUUGGAGAGAGAAACUAAAGUAAAAUAGUUAUUGAGUGGAAGAAAGAAUAGCAACACAAACACAACCAAUUCUCUCUCUACACUUUUCCUCCGAUCAUGGGUCUUGUUGGUGUAAAGAUUUGAUUUUUGGGUUUUUAAUCUGCUCAAUUUUAUAGUUCAACACUUUUUGGCAACUGGGGUGUUCGAGAACUUGGUAAAGAUUUUGUUUCUCCUCUUUUGUCAUUGACCAAAAGCUGCUGCAAUGCAACAUUCGUCGGGCCAGUCCUUUUCUGGUCCGUCAGAGAUUAAGUCAAUCAAGCUAUCUAAAAGGGAAGGUGACCGUGGACCACCAGGAUUCGCACCAAGAUCUGAUGCCCAUAAUGUCUUGAGUGAUGCCUCUCUUUUCUCAAGUUCAUUACCGGUCCUUCCGCAUGGAAAGUUGAAGUUGCAUGAUGCCGAAGAUGGUUUUCGACCUGUUGAUGAUUUAUCUUCAACCUUGAAUGAAGUUUACACCGAUGGGGAUGCAAUUGAUAUGCUUAAAGAUGUUGAAGCUCACGCAAUAGGUAGCUUGCUUCCUGGUGAUGAAGAUGAGCUUUUAGCUGGUAUAGUGGAGGGUUUUGACCGACCUGGCUUGCCUAAUUUUAUGGAUGAACUGGAGGAAUAUGAUCUUUUUGGAAGUGGAGGAGGUUUAGAAUUGGAAUCUGAUGCACUGGAUAAUCUGAGACUGGGAGUGUCAAAUUUUAAUUUAUCUGAUAGUUUUCCUGGCGCUGGAGUGGCCCAAUACAGUCUUCCAAAUGGUGUAGGAGCUGUUGCUGGUGAGCAUCCAUAUGGGGAACACCCGUCUAGAACACUCUUUGUUCGCAACAUAAAUAGUAAUGUUGAAGAUUCAGAGCUCAGAACAAUGUUUGAGCAAUAUGGAGAUAUAAGGACUUUGUACACUGCCUGCAAGCACAGGGGCUUCGUCAUGAUAUCGUACUAUGAUAUUCGUGCUGCUCGUACUGCUAUGCGUGCAUUGCAAAACAAGCCACUACGGCGAAGGAAGCUUGACAUCCACUUCUCAAUUCCAAAGGAUAACCCUUCGGACAAGGAUAUUAAUCAAGGGACUUUAGUAGUUUUUAAUCUUGACCCAUCAGUUUCAAACGAUGACCUUCUUCAAAUUUUUGGGGCCUAUGGUGAAGUUAAAGAGAUAAGAGAAACACCGCAUAAGAGGCAUCAUAAGUUCGUUGAGUAUUACGAUGUCAGAGCCUCUGAAGCAGCACUUAAAUCCCUUAACAGGAGUGAUAUAGCUGGGAAGCGUAUUAAGCUUGAGCCAAGUCGUCCUGGGGGAGCCCGUCGAAACCUCAUGUUGCAACUUGGACAAGACAUUGAACAAGACGAUUCCAGGAGUUUUCGACUUCAAGUGGGCGCCUCAAUAGCUCACUCUCCACCAGGUAACUGGUCCCAGUAUGGCAGCCCUGUUGAACACAGUUCUCUGCAGCCUGUUAGCAGAUCACCUGUUCUCGGGUCAAUGAGCCCUGUCAUCGGGAAUGGUUUACCUGGAUUAGCUUCCCUUCUGCAUCCUCAGUUAUCAAACCCUGGAAAGAUUGCACCAAUUGGCAAGGAUAUUGGACGAGGUAGUCAAGGUGAUCAUACUUAUAUUAAUGGGAAUCUAAAUUCUGGAGUUGGCUUUCAGCAGUCACAUUCACUUCCAGAGCCAAAAAUGAAUCAGUUUUCUGCCAUAUCAUCUUCUUUUGGUGUUUCAACUUCAAAUGGGUCUGGUAUUGAAACAUUAUCCGGUCCACAGUUUCUCUGGGGAAGUCCUAACCUUAAACCAGAGCAGUCUAAUUCAUCUAUGUGGCGUCCACCACCAGUAAAGCAACCAUUCAAUUCCAAUGGACAGUAUCAUGGCUUUACAUAUACUGCCCACCAUGGUUCUAACAUUGGCUCGUCUCAGCCCUCUCAUCAUCAUCAUGUUGGAUCAGCUCCAUCGGGUCUUCCUUUUGAAAGGCAAUUUAGUCACUACAAGGAGUCAUCGGACAUGUUAUUCAUGAGUCCUCCAGCUUUUGGAGGCAUGGGUUUGAGCCACACUGGCAAAAGUUUUGUGGGUCCUCGUAGUUCUGGAAAUACCUUUAUCCCAGAAAAUGGUACCCAAAAUUUCAGCAUGAUAUCUUCUGCAAGGUCAAAUCCUAUGUUCCAUGGAAAUGGGCAUUUUCCAGGACUAUCACCGAUCAACAUGGAGGUUCUGACAGAACGUGGAAGGAGUCGACGUGCAGAGCAAAAUGCAACCCAAAUGGACAAUAAGAAGCAGUUUCAGCUUGACCUUGAAAAGAUUCGUAGUGGGGAGGAUACUAGGACAACUUUAAUGAUUAAAAACAUUCCUAAUAAGUACACCUCAAAGAUGUUGCUGGCUGCGAUCGAUGAAAAUCACAAGGGUACUUAUGAUUUUCUCUAUCUGCCCAUUGAUUUUAAGAACAAAUGCAAUGUUGGCUAUGCCUUUAUCAACAUGCUUUCUCCAAUGCAUAUUAUCCCAUUCUAUCAGGCAUUUGAUGGGAAGAAAUGGGAGAAGUUUAAUAGUGAGAAAGUUGCUUCUUUGGCUUAUGCUCGAAUCCAGGGUAAGACAGCCCUUGUAACCCACUUUCAGAACUCAAGCUUGAUGAAUGAAGAUAAGCGCUGCCGACCUAUACUAUUUCACGCAGAGGGCCCAGAGGUUGGUGAUCAGGUUAGUGAAGAACCUCUUACUUCAGGUAGCUUGAAUGUACAAAUAGCUCGGUCAAAAUUGCCAGGGUCAGACUCGAGAGAACCUCCUGGAAGCACUGCAAAAGAUGGUGCAGAGGAGAGCUCUUUUGUAGAGAAGUUCUAACAAGGAGGCAUGGUGGCAGCUAGUUGUCAUGUGAACCAAGAGGCACAUGCUGCAUGCUGCUGUCCCGUAUAUAUUCUAUAUGUAUGUAUCGCUUAGGAGGCAAGUAAAUGGCUGCAGAUUUUGUAUAUGUGAAGAGCAUUGAAAAGUAUGACGACUAAAUCAAAAGAAAACAAGAGCUUUUGAUUUAUGCUGAGAUGAUGACUGGUUUUGACAAAACAGCUGGAGAAUAAAUUUGAUCUCAACGUUUGUUUAAAUUAUAAUUGGGCGGGUGUAUUGGGAAGUCAAAAAUUUUGCUUACUGGCCGUUUAGAACUGUGGAUAUUCACAAGUUUUAUAGCUGAGUUUUACAGGCUUAACUGGCUUUUGUAAAUCGUAUUUUGUAUAUUCUAAUUUAAAGAACUUGUUUAUUUUGUUCGCUGCUUC